GUACCGCUCAUUUUUGCACCCGUACACCUUUUGACGGUUAUGGCAGUAGAAGACCGAAAGAGAGGGAUCAAAGAGUACUAUCAUGAAUUAUUGGGGAGAGGGUUGACAAAUAAAGGUAAAUAUACAGUUGGUAGCAAACCUGGUGUAGAUAGUAUCAAGCCGUUGGAAGUAUUAGAUCAUAUACGCGAUCUGCAAGAGUUUUGACUAUGCAGAACGGUGCAAUGGGUCAUGAGCAGGGCAUGAGCUCGUCUGCGAAUUAUACAUUGCCCGGUAUAAUGCAAUACUUACAAUCGCAGUUUACACAAGUGGAAAGAAAUAGGCUUCAGGGAGAGUUAGAACGCAGCUCGUUGAAAUUGAAGAUCAUUGAACUAGAAAACGAGCGCAACUCCUUGUUGCGUAAAAAUGCUAAACUCCAAUUGACAGUAGAACAAUUGACUGAAGAGAUAGAUCAGUUGAAAGGUAGUGCAGUUGAAGAUGGAACAAAUAGCAGUAAGACCACCAAAGUUGCCAGUACAGAAAAGUCGGCCUCUAAUUCUGAGGUAGAGCAAAUUUUGGGCGGAAUUCAUUCUCUGGAUGUUUCAAAGUUGAUACACGCUAGAAAGUUCCUAAAAUCAGCAACUAAUGAAAUUCUAUACUUGUUGAAAACUCCAACGGUUGAGCUUGAAAAUACUUCAAGUGUAGGAAGUAUUACUGGCAUUUCAUCGCUCACUGGAGGGGAUAACGAUAAUGAUAUGUUUUUCAACUACAGCACACUAAAUAAUGUGGCACAAAAUCCAACAACAAAUGGAAGCUUUCAUUUUAACAAUAACAAAAGCACAAACAUCAAUGCGAAUGAGCAUUUUGAAAAACCUAACGUGGAAAAAGAAUUGAAUGAAAUUCUUGCCGCUCCUUUCAAGUCUACAGGAAACUCUAACUCUGAAGAGAGCGAUGCAGAAACAAUCAUUGAAGAGUCGAACGAAGAGAAGAACAGUGAAAACCAAAAAGAUGCCAGAAAUGUCAAAAAAGACAUAGAGGACACCAAAAAUGAAGAUGGUGACAAUCAACAUGAAAAUGAUGAUGACCAGGCGGAAGAUGAUGAGUUUGAUGAUGAAUUCGAUGAUGAAUUUGAUGAUGACGACGAAGAUGACGAAGACGGUGACGAUAAUGAAGAUGGCUACGAUGCAAGCGACGACACUAACGGUGAAACUGAGCAUAUGAGUAAUUCCGGGAGUAGAAAAUAUCCGAGCAAACGUAAUAUAGCACCAGGAUCUCAACAUGGAAAAAAUCAGAAAGAAAAACUACUUAACUUAUUGAAGAAAAGUCCAAAGAAAGUGAACAGCUCUACCAACCGAACAUUAUCGGUCAAGCUACACCCCCACUUGUCUGAAAUGGAACUAAAGAGUGGAAGACUGUUUAUGUACUAUGACAAGGCUAAUAUUGUCAAAAUCUAUGAUGACUUAUUGGGUAAAGGUAACUUGAUCAAGGAAAUACAGCUGGAGGACGCUAACAAAAUUGUCGAUAUUAUAACUAAUGAAAACUUUAUUGUGAUAGCGACAACUGACUCUUUGAUUGCCUAUACCAUUGAUUCGGAAAUUGACCUCAAAAUCACUAAAGCCCAGGUUGGUGCAAAAAGCAUAGAUUUGGACAAAGACAAACUUCUUUUGGUUUCCAAUUCCCAAAUAGAAUUGUUGAAAAUUGAUUUAGUAACUGAAACAUUUAAAGAGCUCUCAUUAACUGAAUAUCAAUAUGAAGGUACUUUGAAAAAAGCAAAAUUUGUCAAGAACAAUUCGUCUUUUGAUGUUGCUGUACUUUCUUCGAAUACAUUAUAUCUUUACAAUACUGAUAGCACACAGGCAAAGUCGAAGCCAUUUAAAUCGAUACCCUUAAAUCAAUAUCAUGAGUGGCUAGUCACUUCAAGAAAUAUGAUUCUUCGGUUUAACAAUGGACUUUAUCUAUUUGAUUUCAGUGAAUGCUCCGAGUUCAAGCAAGUUACUCUGCCACCGCUUCCAGAUUUGCAAAGCUUAUCUGAAUCAAUUUCUGAAGUUAUAAGUCCAUGUGUUGAUGAUGACACAAUGUUUUACGUCACUAGGUGUACUAACACCCCAUCAAACAAUUCUCUGGGACUAUUUGAGUUACGUCUUUUCAAAGUCAUUGAAACAGGGGACAUCCUGGAUAUCAAGAGUUUGACUGAUUUGUCCGGUUUAGAACGUUACUGUGUCGGUAAAAUAGGUGAUGGGUUUUCCAUCUGUGUUGCGAGGGGUAAGGAGAUUCAGCUCUAUGAUAUUUCAAAGUAAGCAAGAGGUAGCUAAGUUGUAUAAAAGAUGUACACCAAAAUACCUGGUUCCUGUUUCGUAACGCGUUAAUUUGAUUCACAUAUUCAAGAUGUAUGCCUGUAUACCAAUUGCUCAACAGCUAUCAAGAUGCUAGUA